UGCCUCUUUUCGCUCUCCCGCCACUAUCCCUAAACCCCUUCUCUCUCUCUCUCUCUCUCUCUCUCUCUCUCUCUAUCUCUGUGUUGAGGUGAUGUGUGCCCUUUUGUGUAAGUGAAGAAUUGAAGAUUUAGCUUCGAUUAUGUCAGAUUUUUUAUGGCUGAUUUAAUGUCAAUGAAAGUUGGUAGAAGGUAAAACCACGUCCUGCAAUUGCGGCAGUUGUUCUAUCAGAAAGAAAUUUGCUCAUUAGAUUAUGUGCAAAGAGAACAUCUGGGUUCCAGAGAAUAAAAUAAGCAAGGUUGUGAAAAUGGAAGCUGAUCAAACUGUUCUAGUGAAUGGUGCGGCGUGCUCUCCUCCUGCUAAUACCUGCUGCAUUGAAAAAAUCGGAGCUUCGUUAGCUGAGGAAUUUGAUAUCCAUAACAUGGGGCCAAAAAAACAGGCGGAGAAACACGAGAAUGACACUGAUUUAGUUUCUUCCCAAGCUCCAUGCUUGGGAAAUACCGGUGAAAAAGAAGAUCUGAGUGUUAAUAUCUGCAAAAUUUAUACAAGGGAAGUCAUUGGUUCUGAUCCAGCGUCCUCGCCCUGUAAAAUUGAGGAUGAUUUGGUAGUCGGUUGUCAAACUCCCACGGAGAGCAUCUUCGACCCCUUUGCUCCUGGCCCAGACGAAUUGGCAUUUGCGCCCAAGAAGAAGAUGAUGAAGGGAACACUAGUCCCUCUUCGGAGGCAGCUAAAUUUCGAUCUUAACGGUAUAGCUGCUAAGAAUUUGGAGAUGGAUUUUUCUGGAGAUACAGAAGAAGAAGAUCGAAUUAUUGAGUUGGUUUGCAAGUCGUUUCUUGAGCUGAUUAUUUCGAAUCAGGUGCAGGAGAUUAAUGCUCAGAAUUUCCCGACUGAGCCAAGUCGAUCGGAAGGCUUCAAAACACCUGUUUCGUGUCCUCUUCUCAAUGGCGAUGCAGAUACUUGUCCGGCUGCACCUAUCAGACCAAAUUCGAAGUCGAAGAGACUCAGUCCUGGUAUUUGUCGAAAGCUUGAUUUUGGGUCUAAUUUGGUUUGAGAUUUGUGACCUUUUUUUUUGCGCAAGUCUAGUUGAAGAACAGCGAGACAUAUACUUACUUUUUAACAUGCUCUUGCUGUGUAUCUGUAAGAAAACUUGUUACUUUUGAAUGCCAUCAGUUUAUGGCCUGAAAGUGGAAGCCAUCUUAGAAUAUUAUAUUAGAUUUUGUCUUUUUACUUAAA